AUGGAGACUAGAUAUAGUCGCGAGGUAUUGAAAAAUCAACAGCUUCUAAAGAAGGGUUUAUCCGUCAAUGAGUAUUUAUAUAAAGUUCCUAAACCCAUCUUGGAUCGUAAAAAGAAAUCAAAGGAGAAGAAAUCGAAAAAUGUUAAGAAUUUAUUGCAAAGCAAUGACUCUCUGAGUCUAAAUGAAGAUGAAAUAGCAAAUAUCAAAGAUGUAGAGUCACAGAAAUUGGCUAAAAAAUGGCUUAAAAAUUAUAUCAAGAACUUAUGUAAUGCUCCGAAAAAAGAUGAAAUCAUUAUCUCCCAUUUAUGGAAAGAUGCUACUACCCACGCUCAAAAAAUAUGUCCCAGUAUUAGCAAAGCUGGCAUAACCAGACCUUCAGGCACCUCUAUGAGGCAUAAUGACUAUCUUAAUGUGUUAGAUAAAAUUGCAGAUUCUAUUCAUUUAAAGUUAUCAGAUCUACUUUCAAAAUUAUCUAAGCUCAAUGUAGAAUAUAGAAAUGGGUUAUACGGGUUAAUUAUGCAGUGUGAAGCAUUAAUAGAUUUCCGGAAUACAUGGUACAAGGUAAUCGGCCUUGAGAUCACACGUCUUCAAGCACUAUCUAUCAUACAAAAUAGUAAAAAAAAUGAUCUAUCAGAAGCAGAUAUUGAUGAGAUCGUCAACUUAUAUUGUUAA